UCUCUCUUCUCCUUUCCUUUCCUCUCUGAGACUUUCUCUCUGCUUCUAAGCAUUCCCCUCUAAUGGCGACUGAGAAACUCACAGAGUACGAGCGCAAGAGGCUCGAGAACAUCCUACGGAACGGCGAAAUGAUGUCUUCCCUCAAGCUCCAAUCCAUCAAAGCCCAUGUCUCUGCCUCCAUCAAACGCCCAAGGGUCGAGACCAAAUCGUACAAAGUUAGUCCGAAGAAACAACCCAAAACCCAGACCCCGAUUGUCAUGAGGCGGUCUUUACGCACGCGCGGGUUACCGCCCGAUGCGAAGGGCCUAAGCGAUGAGGCUCUGGAAUCCAUGGCCAAAACCCCGAAAUCUUCGAGCCCAUCGAAGGGGUUGCCUCGCUAUUUGGGUCCUCUUAGCAUGAAAGAUGCUUACAGAGGAGUGUCAGAUCGAGCUCUAAUGGAAGCAAUUCUGGAUAUUUCGAAGAAGCCCCAAUUGGAUGCUUCAGUGAAAGGUGAAAUUAAAGGCGAAAAUGGCGGAUUUGAGGGUGGCAAAGGUGAGAGCUUUUCGAUUAAGGAAGAAAAUGAAGUUGAAAUUGGUGAGAAGACAGAGCCUUUGAGUGAGGGAAUUGGUGGGUUUACUUGUGGUUUGGUUAAGAAGGAAGAAAAUGGGUUUACUUGUGGUUUGGUUAAGAAGGAAGAAAAUGAAGUGUGGAGUAGUUUAAAGUUAGAGUCUUUGACUCUAAAACCGGAGAAUGUAGCGAGAGUUGUGCCCGGCAGGAUUAUGAAUGUGAAGUUUUUUCCUUGUACUAGUUCGAAUAUGAUUGCGGUUGGAAAUAAGUUUGGGAAUGUUGGAUUUUGGCAUAUUGAUUCUAAGGAAGAUGAAGAAAGCGGAAUAUAUUUGUAUCAUCCACAUAGUGGUCCUAUUUCGGGGAUUUUGAUUCAGCAACAUUGCACGUCAAAGAUCUUUACCAGUUGUUAUGAUGGCUAUAUCCGGUUGAUGGAUGCCGAGAAAGAGGUGUUUGAUCUAGUACAUUCCAGUGGAGACCCUAUAUGCUCUAUGUCCCAACAAUCGAAGGGUCCGAACUGCUUAUAUUUUGCCGAGGGCAAUGGAGGUUUAAGUGUCUGGGAUCAGAGAACUGGAAGCUUCUCAAACCAGUGGUCUUUGCAUGAAUACCGAAUUAAUAGCAUUGACUUUAGCUCAGCAAACCCUAACCUCAUGGCCACUAGUUCCUCAGACGGAACUGCCUGCAUUUGGGAUUUGAGAAGUAUUGAUGCAGAUAAAACUUUACGAACAGUUAGCCACAGUAGGGCUGUGCAUUCUGCUUACUUCUCGCCUUCUGGAGGGUUUCUUGCAACGACAAGUAUUGACGAUACAGUUGGUAUAUCGAGUGGAGCUAAUUUCGAGUACACGUCAAUGAUAUACCAUAACAAUAAUACCAGCAGAUGGAUUUCUAAGUUCAGGGGAAUAUGGGGGUGGGACGACGCCUAUGUCUUCAUUGGCAAUGUGAAAAGAGGAGUAGAUGUGAUAUCCCCAGCUGCAAGAAGAACAGUGCUCACUUUAGAGAGCCCGCACAUGACUGCGAUUCCGUGUCGAUUUGGUGCUCACCCUUACAACGUUGGGAUGCUAGCAGGAUCCACAGCCGGAGGCCAAGUUUAUGUAUGGACAUUGGGCUAGGAAAUUCAGCUUCUCUGCUUGCACGUAGCUAGUGAAAACAUGACAAGUUUUGUACCUUGAACUUUAAUCCAGUGACGUCGUGUGGUGCGAGCUAUUUUGUAUUUUGAACAAGUUACGUGGAGGCGGAUUUGAACAACUCUGGUCAACUGGCCUAACCCAUGUAUAUUGUGGCACAAGCAUGUCCAUGAACGCAUCGAACAAGGCACCUCGGUUCAAAGAACUUGAAAAAUGAACGAGAAAUUAUGCAUUAAUUAUUGUUUUAA